GGGGCGGCGGACCGCGGCGCGCUAGCCUGGCUCUGCUACGACGCGCUGGUGCACUUAGUGCUGGAAGGCUCUUUUGUCUACUUUUCCUUGGUAGGAAACGUUGCUGAUUCCGAGGGCUUGAUUGCUUCUUUAUGGAAAGAAUAUGGCAAAGCUGAUGCAAGAUGGCUUUAUUUUGACCCAACCAUCGUGUCUUUGGAAAUUCUGACUGCUGUCCUGGAUGGGUUUCUAGCAUUGUUCCUCAUUUAUGCCAUAGUCAAAGAGAAAUAUUAUCGGCAUUUCCUGCAGAUCACGCUGUGCGUGUGUGAGUUGUACGGUGACUGGAUGACCUUCUCCCCAGAGUGGCUCAUCGGGAGCCCCAACCUCGACACCGACGAUUGGCUCCACUUUUGGGUCUAUCUCGUGUUCUUUAACGGUGUGUGGGUUCUGAUCCCAGGCCUGCUUCUGUGGCAGUCGUGGGUAGAGCUCAGGAGGAUGCAUCACAAAGGAACCCGCUUAGGGAAGAAGUUGCAGUGAAUUUUUCAGAGCCAAGAACACUGCCCGAUGAGCCGGCGUGGAGCCAACAUUCCAGUCUCUGCUUUCUUUGUUCAUUGCUCUUCCUGAACAGCCUGUUUCAAGUUGGUCAUAAGGUGCUAAGUUUUUGUCAUUGUUGUCAUAGUGGUUGCUAUUCAUUAAAUAGAAGUUUAAGAAAAAGAGAGGGCUGGGGGCUGGGGGCUGGGGGUGGGGAUAGCUCGGUGGUGGAGCACUUGCCUGGCAUGUGCAAGGCCCUGGGUUUGAUUCCUAGCACUGGAGGGAAAAAAAAGCAGAGGGAAAUAAAUUGUAACUUGUAAUAAUCACAUUGAAUUAUACCUUCUUUUUUGGCUGGCAUUAACUGUUCCACAUUAAUAAAGCCAACUAUUAUAGAAUACUGUA